AUGGAAGAGGUUCCGCUGGGGUCUGCUCGGAGGAGUCGCGCUGGGGAAAGCGAGUGGAGGUGCUCCUUGACGAAACUGGGGAAUCCCGGAUCUCAGGGCUUCUGGUCCAACUUCGCCAAAGGCCUAGCCCGGGGUUCCCGGCCCUUGGCCCCACCCAGUAGCGCCCGGCCCCCCCCCAGACCUGGCACUCGCCCUCAACGAACAUGGCGCCGACGGCCUCAGUACGUCAAGGGACACGACCGCGGUCCCCUUCUUGCGCUUCUAUUAAUCGCCGCAGCCGGAAGCCGAGCGGCAGAGCCGGCAGCCUGGCUUCCAGGUCGGCGGUGGCCUGCGCGGCUGGUGUGUGGCUUUGGCUGGCGCUGCAGGGCGGGAUGCUGUAAACCCGGGAGAGCCCGUCGCGGGAGCGCAAGGAGCUGGACGGACUCUGGAGCUUCCGCGCCUACUUCUCCGACGACCGGCGCCGGGGCUUCUAGGAGCAGUGGUAGCGGCCGCUGCUGCGUUUUUGAGACCGGGCUUGGCCCUGUCGCCCAGGCUGGAGCGCAGUGGCGCAAUCCUAACUUGGCCCUCGAGAAGGCGGCGGCGGCGACGGCGGCGGCCCUCGAGAAGUUGUCGUCGGGGGCGGCGGCCCGGGCCAGCCCGGCCCGGCCACAGGGAAAUCAGCGGCGGCGACGGCGGCCCCAGCCCGGCAGGAGGGAAGUCGGUGUAGUCGGUGUAGGCGGCUGCGGCGGCGCGGUCAGAGCGAGUUUCUUUGGAGAAGCCGUGGUGGCUUCAACGUGA